UCCAUCAAAGGCAACAUCUUUCCUGUCUGAAAACCCUAAAUCAUCAAAUCUCAAUCGGUAUAUAAAACCCACCACCAUUUUUCCUCUAAUAAACAUCAACUCUCUCUCUCUCUCUCUCUCAUCCUCUUUCUCUCUCUAACGACGUAGUCUUUCCUUGCAAACGCUAUCACUGAACAACAAACGCCGCUUUCGAAUCUCUCUCUCUCUCUCUCUUAAUACUUUCAAUUUUGUUUUGUUCUGUAGACUAACUUUGUUUUUCAGGCUUGUGUUUUUUUUUUCUUAUUUAAUUUAAUUGUGCAUUUUCUUUUUUGGGUUUUUGCUUUCUCUUUCGGUUAUUUUAUUAUUAUUUUUUUUGUAGAUAUAUAUAGUUCUUUUUUCGUAAAGAUAUGGAUGCAGGAUCUGUGAAUUCUUCAUCAUCGAUCUUGAAGGUGCAAUCUCGACGCCCUCUUCAAGAACAAUUUCUUCACAAAAAGAAUUCUCGGGAAAAUCUGGACAGGUUCAUACCCAACCGUUCUGCAAUGGAUUUCGAUUAUGCCCACUACAUGCUUACUGAAGGAAGGAAAGGUAUGGAAAACCCGGUAAGUUCCUCUCCAUCAAGAGAGGCCUACAGGAAGCAAUUGGCAGAGACCUUUAACAUGAACCGGAGUCGGAUUCUUGCUUUCAAGAACAAGCCUCCGACGCCAGUCGAUCCCUUCCCCCACGAAAUGACUUCGGCUCCACAGGACAAACCCGCAAAGUCCCGGCGACACAUUCCUCAGUCCUCAGAGAGAACAUUGGAUGCUCCUGAUAUUGUGGACGACUACUACCUGAAUCUCUUGGAUUGGGGAAGCGCAAAUGUUCUUGCAAUAGCUCUUGGAAACACAGUGUAUCUUUGGGAUGCUACAAACGGAUCUACUUCGGAACUUGUUACCAUCGAUGACGAGAAUGGCCCUGUUACGAGUGUUAGUUGGGCUCCUGAUGGACGCCACAUCGCCAUUGGCCUGAACAAUUCCGAUGUACAGCUCUGGGAUUCAACCGCUAAUAGACAGCUAAGAACUCUCAGAGGUGGCCACAGACGGCGAGUAGGCUCACUGGCCUGGAACAAUCACAUACUUACUACUGGUGGAAUGGACGGUUGGAUCAUCAACAACGACGUAAGAGUCCGAUCACACAUUGUUGAGAUCUACAGAGGACAUGAGCAAGAGGUUUGUGGGCUCAAAUGGUCAGCUUCGGGCCAGCAGUUGGCGAGUGGAGGGAAUGAUAACCUCCUCCACAUAUGGGAGAGAUCAAUGGCUUCUUCAAAUUCAGCAACGCAGUGGCUUCACAGGCUCGAGGACCACACAUCCGCAGUGAAAGCCCUCGCUUGGUGUCCCUUCCAGAGCAACUUACUGGUUUCUGGUGGAGGAGGUGGCGACCGCUGCAUAAAGUUCUGGAACACUCACACCGGUGCAUGCGUCAAUUCUGUUGAUACUGGCUCUCAGGUUUGUGCUUUGCUGUGGAACAAGAAUGAGAGAGAGCUGCUUAGCUCACAUGGUUUUACUCAGAACCAGCUUACUCUUUGGAAGUACCCUUCAAUGGUUAAGAUGGCAGAGCUCACUGGCCAUACCUCAAGAGUUCUUUUUAUGGCUCAGAGCCCGGAUGGUUGCACAGUAGCAUCAGCAGCCGGGGACGAAACGCUGAGGUUCUGGAAUGUUUUCGGUGUCCCAGAAGUGGUUAAACCUGCUUCAAAGGCCAAACCUGAACCUUUUGCUCAUUUGAAUCGCAUUCGGUGAUUCUACGACAAUCAAGAUUUUGAAUACAGAAAAGACGUGUAUAUUCUUUGAACAGUUCGCUGUAUUUCAUCAGUAAAAACGACUAAAAAUAAGAUUUCGUACAACACUUUGUUGUGGUCAUCUUGCAUCAUCUCCAGACAAACAGAUCAAUUGGAGACCGGAAACCACUAAUCGACUGGAGAUUUUUGCUCGAAUGAAGUACCAUGUAUUAUUUUCUUUGCAGCAGUGACUCUACAGUGGAUCAGGUUUUUCCACUUUACAUUCUCGUUCACACGAUACGUGAUUUCAACUGAAGGCAAAUUGACCUUGAAACAAUUGAAAAAAUUUCCUUCAUACGUUUUGGCACGACGAACCUUUCAUAGAUGCAGGAUCUAUGACAAAUGGAGUCUUUUGACCGUGUGUGUAAGCCUUAAUUUUGACAACAGAGAUUGCAGUACGACAAAUGAAUCUGAGCAUAAGAGUACAACAACUAUUUGAG